UUGGAUGUAAUCGACGAUUUAGAAUUCAUGUUGCUGUCUGAAAUUAACAGACCGACAAACGCAGACCUUGAAUGAUGGAAGUACGACAAGUUUAAGCUGGAAACAUUAAAUAACGAUGAAUGUAAUGCUUACUUCAGGUUCUUCAAAGAGGAUAUUCACCAUUUGAAAGAUGUGUUUCACAUUCCAGAUCAAGUUAAAUGUAAAAACAACUCGAAAAUUGAAGGAAUUGAAGCACUCUGUAAAAUGUUGCAACGAUAUGCAUAUCCUUGCCGAUAAGUUGACAUGAUUAAAACUUUUGCUAGGCCCGUACCCCAGCUUUGUUUAAUAACUGGUCAGAUGACAAACCACAUAUACAAUAUGUUUGGUAGACUUCUAACAGACCUUGAUCAACCAUGGCUUUUACCAGUCAAUCUUGAAAAGUAUGCCCAAGCAGUGUUUGAAAAGGAAGCUCCCCUUAAAAAUUGCAGGGGCUUCAUUGAUGGAACCGUUAGGGCAGUGUGCAGGCCUCAAGAAAAUCAACAGGUUCUGUUUAAUGGUCAUAAAAGGCUACAUUCUAUAAAGUUUCAGUCUCUGGUGGCAGCAAACGGCAUGAUUGCCAACAUGUACGGUCCUAUUGAAGGGAGACGGCAUGACAGUUUUAUGCUGCGUGAGUCAGGCUUACUGGAUCAAUUGGAGCAAAUGUCUGUUAAUACAAACAAUGAAAUCAUGUGUAUUUACGGGGACCCAGCAUAUCCUAUAAGACCUCAACUUCAAGCACCAUUUAAAGGCAACCUAUCACCAAUAGAACAGGACUACAAUAAGGCAAUGAGUGAAGUGCGUGUUUCUGUGGAAUGGUUAUUUGGGGACAUAUUAAAUUACUUUAAAUUCACUGAUUUUAAAAAAUCACAAAAAGUUGGAAUGAGUGCUGUGGGGAAAAUGUAUCUUGUUUCUGCUUUACUGCAAAAUGCACACACAUGCCUAUACAGAAACACAACAUGUAAUUACUUUGAACUCUGUCCUCCCAAGUCAUAUGAUUAUUUUCAGUAAAUUUUGUUUGUUGGUGUGUUGACACAAUAAAAGUGGAUAUCAGAUAUAAAUACAAAUCUCUUUUUAUUCAAUACUGUUCUUCCGUACUAUUCCAGGUUUGAAUAUCAAAACCAAAGUAAAAUACGUUAUAAAAACCAGCUGUGAAAAAUUCACAACAGAAUAGCCUACAUUAUUUACAUUUUAAGUGAGGCCAAACAACAAAGGUUUGCAUUAAUGUUAACAUGACUAAACAUAUACAACAUCAAAGGUCAACAUUUUUAUUCAUUUUUUAAAAUCUUUUUUUUUAAUUCUACUGUAUUUAUUUUUUUUACGUAUUUUUUUUAAUGUAGACAUGUCCAAGCAGUCGAAAACAUAAUACUGUACUGUACUUGCAAGACCAACAGCCUGUUCAACUCAA